GAUACCUGUCAGUGUUACAGUGUCGUCCAUUCCCAAGGAGUCACCGUUCGGACUGUUAGGUGCUUGGUUUUCCAAAUUAAAAAAUAUAGUGAAGUAUAGGUCUUGGCAAAGCAUCGUGGAGGAGGCAAAGCAUUGGCAUACAUCGGGUGUGGGGGAGGCAAAGCAUUGGCAUACAUCGGGUGUGGGGGAGGCGAAGUAGUGUCGCAACCACUGCAGCGACAAUAAUGGAGGGCCAUAGACGGUGGCGACGACUGCACUGGAUGAUUGAGACUGCUCGCGACCAAGUGCCUCAGCAACCAAUUUUCCCAUCAUGGGGAUUGGAACGGCGGACCAGACAAGACAGUCGCAGAGUCAUGACGGCGAAAUGAACAGAGCAGAGGGGAAACUGGCAAAAUCAAGGGAGUGAAGCGAGUAGAGGCAGUUUCAAGGAGGCGGCCGGCAAGGCAAGUGGCGGACUUGCAGCACCUGCAUCUCCGAGCUCUGGAUCUGCUGCUUGCAGACUUCAUGAUGAAGAAGGCGAUAAGGUUUCUUCGGCCCAGGGCUUCAGGUUCAAACCCUAAUUGAUUAUGUACACACAUUUAUAUUUGACACUGUUAGCUACACGUAUAAAAUUAAAAAAAUUAAUCAACAUAAUAAAAUUAAUCAAGUUACACUUUGUUCUACUUCUCUGUACAACUAGCUGGCCGGAAGAAAAGUCCCACUGUGCCCACUGUGCCAUCAAUCUUCUACUCAGGUUAAACAUUUGUUGUGACCCAUGACUAUAAUUUCUACAGGAAGUAUCUCUAAGACUAUAAGUCAGUAAUUGUCUUCCUAAAUUUAUUGUUUUUGCAACCCCCGACCCGACCUAGACAGUUCUAAUCACCUCACUCGACUGAACUGAAUGGAUGUUAGCAAGUUUAGGAUGUAACAAGCCACUUGACCCAUUGGUGUGUUUUAUCAAUUCAUGGUUACUUCAAUAUAUAACCAAUCUGAAGUCUGAACCCAUUUACGGGUAAGUCAGGUUUGAGGGCGUCAUAUUUAUAGUUUGUGUUAUAAUUCUUCAUACGUAUGUUGUGUCGGUGGUGUUACUGAAAUAAUUUCAUGAUGUGCAUUAGGUUCCUGUUAUCUCAUUUCCUUCUCCAGAAUUUCCAUUAACUUCAGGCGCAACCUCAUUCACUUUCCAAACGGUUAGAGCUAAUGUGCAUACUUUUGCCAGGUUGAAUCAUCAUCAGAUGCUAAGAUCACUUUGUUCUGAUAGAGGAAGUUGAAAAAGAAGAUGAGAAGAGCAGAAAUAUGAUAUAAAUGAUCUUUCUGGUAGGUGGGGGAGGGGUGGGGGAAGAUGCUGGAGAUGGUGGUGGACACCUUCGGGCGGUGGCGGCAAUCCCCGUCAAACAACGACAACGUUCAAUGAGUAUUUCAUUGGUCUAGGUCAUUAAUCGGGUAAUUGGUCAUUGGUCGAACUGGUCACGGUUGUUUGUCAGGUUGGUCACUGGUCAUGGUCACUUGGUGGAUUGGUCAUGGUCACUGGGUGGAUUGGGCAUGGUCAUUGGUUAGAUUGGUCAUUGGUCGGGUUGGUCAUGGUCACUGGUCGGGUUGGUCAUGGUCACUGGUCGGAUUGAUCAUGGUUAUUGGUCGGGUUAAUCACUGGUGGGAUUGUUCAUUGAUAACUAUAACUAGUCGGACUAGGUAACUAUAACUAGUCGGAUCGGGUAACUGUAACUGGUCAGAUUGGUCAUGGUUAUUGGUCGGGUUAAUCACUGGUGGGAUUGUUCAUUGAUAACUAUAACUAGUCGGACUAGGUAACUGUAACUAGUCGGAUCGGGUAACUGUAACUGGUCGGACCAGGUAACUGUAACUAAUUGAAUCGGGUAACUGUAACUGGUCGGACUAGGUAAUUGUAACUAAUUGAAUCGAGUAACUGUAACUGGUCGGAUCAGAUAAGUGUAGCUAAUUAGAUCAGAUAAUUGUAACUGGUGAGAUCAAGUAACUGUAACUGGAUUGAGUUUAAUAACUGUAACUAGUCAAAUUAGGUAACUGGUCAAAUCGGGUAACUGUAAAUGGUCAAGUCAUUGGCAGUUAGGUCAUUGGGUUGUAGUAACUAAGAUCGUUUUCACACAAAUUAUAGUGUCAAAAAAUAAAUAUUUAAUACACAUAUAAUUCCAUAUCCAAUUACAUAAUGUCUCUCUUGAGAAAUGAGAAAUAAUUUUGAAAUUAAAAAAAAAGGAUUAAUGAUUAGUUGAGUACAUAAUGCAUUCUUACGGAAUACAACAACAUUAAGGCAACAACAUUACGGAGUGUGUCUAAAGCUAAGCCGGUGCAUGGUUGAAUAUUUACGGAGGGUAAUUGUUAAAUGUCCCACACCGGAAAAUUGAGAAGCAUUAGAGUGCUAUAUUAAGCUUCGGGCUACUCCUCCUAACAGGUUGACCUUUUAGGAUGGAACCCCGUGUCUUAACAGUAAUUAAGGCUUAAUCCCCUUUUUAGUCCCAUUUUUGGAAAGUGAAAAAAAGGUCUCUUUUUAGUCCAUAGGUCUUUGUUUAGUAUUAUUCUAGACAUAACCCCAAUAUUUUCUUGGCAUUGAAGUGGCUCGGAGUCCUACUGGGAUUUUUCUUACUCAACGAAAAUAUGCUCUGGAUAAUAUCACUGAAAUUGGUCUUCUAGGUGCCAAACCGGCUACAUUUCCGAUCGAGCAAAAUCACGGUCUCGGGCAUGCUACUGGCGCCCCACUGGCCGAUCCUGAACAGUAUCGAUGUCUGGUUGGUCGUCUUAUUUACCUGGCGGUCACUCGUCCCGACAUUACUUACUCUGUGCAUAUAUUCUCCCAAUUCAUGCAAAAACCUUUGGCCGAACAUUGGUCUGCUGCUUUGCGCGUGGUACGUUAUCUAAAAGGUUCUCCUGGACAGGGCAUACUCCUGCGGGCUGAUAGUGAUCUCACACUAAUUGGUUGGUGUGACUCUGACUGGGCCGCAUGUCCCCUCACUCGGCGGUCUAUCUCUGGAUGGUUAGUUUUUCUUGGCCACUCUCCUAUUUCUUGGAAAGCCAAGAAACAAUCUACAGUAGCACGCUCAUCGGCUGAAGCCGAAUAACGCUCCAUGGCAUUUGCCACGUGUGAACUUAAAUGGUUGAAAGCAUUACUUUUGAGCUUGGGUAUCCAACACCCUCAGGCCAUACCGCUCUACUGUGAUAGUCAGUCUGCACUACAUAUUGCAAAUAAUCCCGUAUUUCACGAACGAACCAAACAUAUUGAAGUUGACUGUCAUUUCGUUCGUGAUGCAGUACAAGCUCAACUUAUUGCACCCCAUUAUGUCCCUACGACUAUGCAGCUAGCUGAUAUAUUCACCAAAGCUCUUGGCAAAACUCAGUUUCAGACUCUCAUACGCAAGUUGGACAUUUUAAAUCCUCAUGCACCAACUUGAGGGGGGGUAUUGGUGUUAUUUUUCGGGAAAAAAUCAUUUAUGUAUUUUAUUUAUGUAUGGACUAUUUUAGGGAUAGGUUGAUUUUAUUCCCUUUAUUAUUGGUAGCCGCUACUAAUUACUCGGCACUACUCUUGUAUAAUGGAGGAAUACUUACGUUAAUGAAGAACAAUCAUAGACUAUUUUCUCUUCUUCUUUAUUCAAUACCCUGCGUACAUCUACUUUGUUAUCAAUAACGAUCAUUGAUAUAUGUCGACAUGAAAACCCCGUUAAAUACGUUCUUCAUGAGUGCAUGGGAAUAACUUGUGUUAGCACUAGUAUUUAUUAACGAGAUAAUUAACCUACGUAUGACUAAAAUUCAACGAGUUUCUCAAUCUAUGACCUGACCAGUUUUUUUCCUAAAAUAAUAUUAAAAUUCGAAACAUUUAAUUAAAUUUCGAAAUAAUUAAAUAAUAAAUAAUUUUUAGGGACAAAUAUACC